AUGGUGAUGGUGAUGGUUGUGGUGGUGGUGGCGGCUGUGGCAGCGGUGGCGGCGGUGGCGGCGGCAGCAGUGGCGGUGGCUGCGGUGGCGGAGGUGCUGGUUUCUGCGGUGGCGGCGGUGAAGUCGGUGGUGUCGGUGGUGGCGGCGGCGAUUGCGGCGGCGGUGGCGGUGCCGUUGGCGGUUGUGGCGGCGGUGGCUGUGGCGGCGGCGGUUGCGGUGGCGGUGGCGUCGGUGGUGGCGGUUGUGUUGGCGGUGGCGGAGGAGGACGAAAAGGAGGAGGAAGUAGAUAAGGAGGACAAUGUUGAGGACAUGGAGCAGGACAAAGAGGAGGAAGAGGAUGAGGACGAGAAGGAGGACGAGGAGGAGUACGAGAAGGAGGACGAGGAGGAGGAGGACGAGGAGAAGGACGAGGAGGAGGACGAGGAGGAGGACGAGGAGGAGGACGAGGACGAGGAGGAGGACGAGGAGGAGGACGAGGAGGAGGAGGAGGAGGACGAGGAGGAGGACGAGAAGGAGGACGAGGAGGAGGACGAGGAGGAGGACGAGGACGAGAACGACGAAAAAGACAACGACAAGAACGACGACAAUGAUGAUAAUGAAAAUGACGUAGUGAACGACGACAACGACGCCUCAGACGCAGAUCACGACCACGACGACGAUGCUGAUGAAGAGGCGGAGGUUAAAGACCAUGCUUUUAAUGAUGAUGACGACGGCGACGACGGCGACGUCAGCGACGACGUCGUCAAUGCUGAUACAGAUGCUGAUGAUGACGGCGAUGAUGAUAACGACGAUGACAAUGACGAUGAUGCUGAGAAGGAGGAGGACGAAAAGGAGGAGGAAGUGGAUAAGGAGGACAAUGUGGAGGACAAGGAGGAGGACAAGGAGGAGGACAAGGAGGAGGACAAGGAGGAGGACAAGGAGGAGAACAAGGAUGAAGAAAAAGAGAAGGACGAGGAGGAGGACAAGAAGGAGAACGAGGAGGAGAAGGACGAGGAGGAGGACGACGAGGAGGACGAGGAAAAAGACAAGGAGGAGGAAGAGGAGGAGGACGAGGAGGAGGACGAUGAGGAGGACGAGGAGGAGGACGAGGAGGAGGACGAGGAGGAGGACGAUGAGGAGGACGAGGAGGAGGACGAGGAGAAGGACGACGAGGAGGAGGACGAGGACGAGAAUGACGAAAAAAGACGACGACAAGAACGACGACAAUGA